GAAGAAAAAGAUCACGGAGGGCUGCGAAGAGAGUUGUCGAGCGAUCCAUUGAUUUCUUUGGAAAGACGCUGCAUCUCCUCCAAAGCCAUGAUGGAGGCUCCGGUGUGCCUGAUUGAGAACAGGAAAAAUCGCCUCCAUGUUUCUGAGGAUGCCCUUCAGUUGCUCUCAGACAUCCAGAAUCCGGUGGUGGUGGUGUCCAUCGUGGGACUGUAUCGCACGGGCAAGUCCUACCUGAUGAACAAGCUUGCUGGCAAAAAUUCAGGUUUCUCUUUGGGCUCCACAGUGCAAGCAAAAACUAAAGGAAUCUGGAUGUGGUGUGUUCCCCAUCCGGACAAGCCUAACCAAACCCUUGUCCUGCUGGAUACUGAAGGGUUAGGUGACCCUGAAAAGGGCAGUCCUGAAAACGAUAUCUGGAUCUUCUCUUUAGCCGUAUUGUUGAGCAGCACCCUGGUCUACAACAGUGUGGGGACCAUUGAUCAGACUGCCCUGGACAAGCUUCAUUUUGUGACGGAGCUGUCUAAACAUAUCAAGACCAAGUCUUCCUCCACUCCUGGAGAUACAGGUGACACUUCUGGAUUUGUUGGCUUCUUCCCAACAUUUGUCUGGGCUGUGCGAGAUUUCACACUGCAGCUGAAUUGGGAUGGGAAACCCAUCACAGAGGAUGACUAUCUUGAAAUUAAUCUGAAAUUAAAAAAAGGUGACAAGAAGAAGGAUAAGGCAUUCAAUCUGACACGGGAAUGUAUCCGACUGUUCUUCCCCACCCGGAAGUGCUUCGUCUUUGAUUGCCCUACUACACGUGACAACUUAUGCAAUGUGGAACAGAUGUCGGAUUAUCAGCUGCACAAAGGUUUUGUGGAACAAGCAAAGAAAUUCUGUCGUCAUAUCUAUGAAACAUCUCGAGAAAAGACUCUUCCAGGAGGGCACACUGUCACUGGCAACUUGUUGGCAAAGUUAGUCCAGGGCUAUGUGGAUACUAUCUCCAGUGGGAACGUUCUCUGCCUGGAGAAUGAAGUCUUGGCCUUGGCAAAGAUUCAGAACAUGGCAGCCGUGGAGAAAGCUGUUGCUCACUAUGCGCAACUGAUGUCGCAAAGGGUGGAGCUACCCACUGAGACUUCCCAGGAACUUCUGGAUGUACACAAAAAAUGUGAGGAAGAAGCCCUCCAGAUGUUCAUGGAUUGUGCCUUUAAGGAUGAUGAACAUCAAUUCCAGGCUGAAUUCAUGAAAAAAGUGGAAAGCAAGAAGGAAGAGUACUGUAGCAAAAAUGAGCAGGAAUCUUCUGACAUCUGUUCAGCUUCUUUGAACUCACUCUCUGAAAAUCUGGAGCAGAACAUCAAUAACGGAAGCUACUCUCGACCUGGUGGCCACCAGGAAUUUGUAAAUGACCUCCAAAAAGUGGAGAAAGAAUUCUUGGAGAUACCUAAGAAAGGAAUAAUGGCAGGGAAAAUCCUUAAAGAAUUCCUCCAGAGCAAGGAAAACAUCAGAAAAGCCAUCCUUCAAAGUGACCUGAGCCUUCAAGAGAAAGAGAAGGAAAUAGAAGAGAAAAAAAUGAAUGCCAAAGCCUUAGAACUAGAGCAAGAGGUUCAGAGGCAGGAAAUGAAAAUGCUCCAACAGAAGUUUGAGGACCAGAAACGGAGUUAUGAGAUGAACCAUCAGAAGCUAAUGGAGAAGAUGGAGGAAGAAAGGAAACAGAUGAAGGAAGAGUAUGAGAAGAUGAUGCAAAGCAAACUCAGGGAACAAGAGGCUUUGUUUGAAGAGGGUUUCUGUAAGCAAGCGAACCAACUGAAAGAGGAAAUCAAGCAGCUCAAAACCAAAAAGGAAGCUGUGGAUGAACCAGGUUGGAUCAAGAGACAUGUUGACUCCCUGGGAAAGAAAAUUACUGGUGUAUAUUCAACAGUUGCUAAUUGGUUUAAGCGUUCCUAAUCCAGAACUUCUGCAUGGAUUUUUUAAAAAGAUGUCCCCGCUUUAAGAGUUGGAUAACCUUUCAGGAGUCAGGUAAAAAAAAAAGUGAGAAACUCAAAGUGGGCUGGAAGAGAAAAACAAGAUAAUGAAGACAAUAAUUAGUAUUUUCUAAAUCGAUAUUCUAAUCCUGAUAAUCUUCUUUCAAGUGAAAUUUAUCUCCCAGGAAGUGCCUCUACUUCCUAGAAAGGACCUGGCUGUGCUCAUGCUACAGUUAUUUUAGAUUCUGUUGGAAGUUAAAACCCACCCCUCUCCUAGAAAAAUAAAAUAUUUUAGGAUAUGCUAAAAAAGCAGAAUAUUUCCCCUAAAAAAGAAGUAGAAACUCAAAGAAGCAGAAACUCAGCUGCCCCCACCUUUAUUAAUGGGCCAUUAAGGCCUGGGUCAGUCUAUUCUACAUAACAAAGAUCUACCCCAUUUCAUUGCCCUUCGUUGCACCACCCACCAAAUUUCAACCAAACAACACAAAGACAAUCUAAAAAGCCAGCUAUGACCUCUGACCUCUGGCAGCAACCAAUCAGGAUACUCUUCAUCUGUACCAGGAAGUUCAAGGCCCAGUGGAGGGCAUAAAACCCAAGAUCUCUCAGCAUCCCUUCCCCUUUCUGUUCAGGAACUGAAGCCAUGCAGUCCUGUCCACCAUUAAACCAUCUUUCCAAACAGCCUCCAUGUUUCCAGUGUCUUUUUCCCCACUUGGAACUGAACCCAGAUGGACAUCUCUUCCAACAAUUCAUUCUGUAGGUUUAAAUUCCUGCAAAAUCAUUCUCGGACCUUAGGGAUUUCUUUAAGAAGCUUGAGAUUUGAUUUCAAAGCUUCAUGAAAGGCUUCCCGGGGUGUCACAAAUUGAAUUCAGGCUUUUUAAAUCUCCGCCUACAAUCUUGAUUAAAUCAAGAUCAUGUGGAGUGUUAAUACCACCCCUCACCCCCAUGGAGUGAGAUCUGCCCCCAGAGUCACCCCAUAGAGGGAUGAGUGGCAAAUAAAUAAAUAAAUAAAUAAAUAAAUAAAUAGUCCACACAGUUCUGUUUUUCCCUCCUGAUACUGAUUCAAAAACCGAGUAAAGGCUGACGAUCCAGAAGAACCAGGAGAACCGAAAGAGAAGCUAAAACAAAGUUUUCACCUACAUGUACAACACUUUAGAGAAAGACCUGAAGAGAAAGUAAACGUUUCCUGCAAGGGCAGAGGAAAAUAAUCAUUGGAAAAUCCCAGACAAAGGCAGGAAGAAACUCAGGAAACAGUUUGGGGAGGGAGGCCCCCAAUGUCGCAAUGAUACGGACGUGUGGUCUCGAUGCUACGAGACCGUAGCUGAUACUUUUGCUGCUGGGUGGUCCAGUCGGACCUAAACCAUCCUGAAGAGACGUUGAACAGAAAGAAUACAUUUUGCUGACCUCAGAGACAUCGCAAAGUCCCUGAUCGAUGUAAGAGAAGUUCUUCAAGCCAGCGACAAAAUAUCCAGUCAAAGCUAACGAAGUCGGGGCGGCUCAAAAAUGGAAGGAUACAGAAAGAGAAAGUGUUUCCAGCUGGUGAUGAAGAUGUUGAGGAUGCUUAUCAAUUGGAAAAUGUGGUGCUUAAAUCCCAAAAAAUUGGAGUGGAAAAUGAAUAUAAAGAAAUUAAUUUUGAUGAUAUUUAUGGUGAUUGGUUUGUCUCUGAAAAUGG